UCCGUAUUUGUAAGACGGUGCUCAUUGUGUGUUGCACCACUGAAGAAACGGUCGCUUGGAAACAUGGCAGCUACGACAACAACUAAAGUCCCAGAGGUCCGAGAUGUCACCAGGAUUGAAAGAAUCGGUGCACACUCCCACAUUAGAGGUUUGGGGCUGGAUGAUGCUUUAGAGCCCAGACAGGUGUCUCAGGGAAUGGUUGGACAGCUUGCUGCACGAAGAGCAGCUGGUGUGAUUCUGGAAAUGAUUAAAGAGGGGAAAAUAGCUGGAAGAGCUGUGCUAAUAGCAGGGCAGCCAGGCACAGGAAAGACUGCCAUAGCUAUGGGUAUGGCUCAGGCUCUGGGAAUGGACACUCCUUUCACAGCAAUUGCAGGAAGUGAGAUUUUCUCUUUAGAAAUGAGUAAGACUGAAGCUCUCACCCAAGCCUUCCGCCGAUCCAUUGGCGUGCGAAUCAAAGAGGAGACUGAAAUUAUAGAAGGAGAGGUGGUGGAGAUUCAGAUUGAUCGACCAGCUACGGGAACGGGAGCUAAAGUUGGGAAACUAACUCUGAAGACAACAGAAAUGGAGACCAUUUAUGAUCUGGGAACCAAAAUGAUUGAGUGUUUGACAAAAGAAAAAGUGCAGGCUGGGGAUGUAAUUACUAUUGACAAGGCAACCGGAAAGAUCACCAAGCUGGGAAGAUCAUUUACCAGGGCGAGAGACUAUGAUGCUAUGGGAGCUCAGACAAAGUUUGUCCAGUGUCCAGACGGGGAGCUUCAGAAGAGGAAGGAAGUAGUGCAUACUGUCACGCUACAUGAGAUUGAUGUUAUAAAUAGCCGGACACAGGGUUUUUUGGCUCUCUUCUCAGGUGACACAGGAGAGAUUAAAUCAGAAGUUCGUGAGCAGAUCAACGCCAAAGUGGCAGAAUGGCGAGAGGAAGGAAAAGCUGAGAUUAUCCCUGGGGUUCUCUUUAUUGAUGAAGUGCACAUGCUGGAUAUUGAAUGUUUUUCUUUUUUGAAUCGUGCACUUGAGAGUGAUAUGGCACCUGUGUUGAUCAUGGCCACAAACAGAGGUAUUACCAGAAUUCGAGGCACCAACUACCAGAGUCCCCAUGGGAUUCCAAUUGACCUUUUGGACAGAUUGCUUAUUAUCUCUACUAGUCCCUACAAUGAGAAAGAAACUAAACAAAUCCUCAAAAUUCGUUGUGAAGAGGAAGAUGUGGAAAUGAGUGAUGAUGCUUAUACAGUACUGACACGCAUUGGUUUGGAGACAUCCCUUCGUUACUCUAUUCAGCUUAUUACAGCUGCCAACUUAGUCUGCAGGAAGCGUAAGGGCACAGAAGUUCAGGUUGAGGACAUCAAACGAGUAUACUCUCUCUUUCUGGAUGAGUCCCGCUCUACACAGUAUAUGAAGGAAUAUCAGGAUGCCUUUAUGUUCAAUGAAAUGAAAGGAAACCAGAUGGACACUUCAUAGAUGUAACUGCAGGCUCCUGAUUGAUGGAGAAAGCUGAAUCCGAGAACAAA